AUGAAUGAGCCCCGUCACAUCACCCACUUGGCCGACGAACUGCUGAGUCUGAUUCUAUCCUUCCUGCUCACGGAACCAGAGAGCCCGGACGGGCGCGAAAUCCUGCACGAUUAUGCCUUUCCGCCAUACAGAAGAAACGGCGCCAGUGCCGUGGCCUCGCGCGGCGAAAAAUCCGAUCUGGACAAAUACAGACUGGUGUGCACGCGGUUUAUGAGGAUAGCGACGCCCUGGAAAUUCCGUCGCUUCACCUUGAGGUUUUCGGCAGAAGGGUUUACUCGUCUGAAUGAAUUGGUCGACAUGCAACUGGCUCGUCACACGCGAUAUUUCACAUACAUGGUGCGACCCUAUUAUCAAGGACGCGAUUGGGGACAGUUUCUCACGGAGAUCGCAUCGGAUUACCCUACGCUCUCCGAUAUCCAUACUGCCAGGCUCGCCGAUCAAACAUCACUGAUCAAGACUUCGGAGGACAUAAUCUCUCUAAAGAGGGCAUUGGUAUCAUUCACUUCCUUGCAACAGGUCAAACUCCUUCGAUUACAAGAUAAGGCGGAUGAAGACAUCAUGGAGCGAGCGAGACGGUCACGCACGGCCGAAGGUCUCAAAUUCGACUGGGAACCCGCGUGCUCGCGUGCAAUCGGGAACCUGGGCUUGGCUCUUAUGGGAUCGAAUUGCCAGUCUGUCCGGUUUUUGGCCCCCCAGCUAAGCCCGGAGGCCGCUCUGAAACUGCUGCAUACACCUCGCGUCACCAUGUCUGCUCUGGGUGAGCGGCUUACAUGCUUAGAUAUAUAUUUUCAUUCUGUUUCCGAUGUGACUGCGUUGAUGUCACGACUAUCGAGCACUUUUAGGGACUUCUUCCAAGCAGCGAGAAACCUCGUUACAAUAAACGUCGGGUUCCCAGCCAAUAGUCCUCUAAACAUGCACCUAGAGGAUGUUUUCCAUCAUAUCCACUGGCCGCGAUUACGGAGCCUUGGAAUUCAGGGCUGGCGCCUUCACUCAUGGGAGAUCGGCUCGAUAGCGCGACGUCACCAGUCUCAACUGCGCGAAAUGCGCCUGCCAUAUAUAUACCUGCUUGAAGGGAGCAGAUGGCGAGAUGUUCUUUCCGUCCUACACGACGAAAUGGAACAACUAGAAGUUCUCAACCUACAACACAUUAACUAUGCAACACACUUUGAUACCGAGGUCAUGAACGGCAUUGAAAUCCCUCCCGGAAGCGAGGAGGAGGGAGAAGAGGAGGAGGAAGAAGAAGAAGAAGAAGUAGAUGAUGAUGAUGAUGAUGAUGAUGACUACCAUCACCACCACCAUCAAGAAAGUGACAACAACGACAGCCAUGAUGGCGAUGAUGGGAGUGACAACCACCAUUCAGACACGCAAUCCUCAUCUGACAUCUCCAUGCACGAGAUAACGUCAGAGACAGAACCCUACCCUUACUACUACCAGCACCGUGACUUGCACACCUUGACAGAACAGGAACUCGGCAUGCUCAGCGUUCAUGAUUUGGGCGACAAUGGGAUGUACGUGAAGCGGGAGCAUUGGCAUGUAUGGGAAAAAUGGGUGGUUGUUUCAAGGCGUCGCAUAUAG